CUUGACCGUGUACUUUCAAACCGCGGCUGGCUUGACCGCAGUGACUAAUCGCACCUGGACCACAAUAAGACAGGAUGGAGACGAAUCAGACACGCGUUUUGACUGUUGGCUUUGAGCUACCAGAAAGCGCUCUGUAGUAAAGUUGCAGUGGUCGAACUACAGGUGCUUUAUGAAGAUCAGGACACAAUCGUUAGUUUCCCCUCGCAGAAAUGCCAGUUCGUGCUGUGACUUCCAGGUUCAUGUACAGGGGACUUUGCUCAAUUCCAGAUAUCCUCUCCUACAGGAGUACCGUCAGCCUCCCCGAGGAUGAAGUGGAGGAAAUCCGUGAAGCCUUUAAGGUGUUUGACCGUGAUGGGAAUGGGUUCAUCUCAAAACAGGAGCUAGGAGUGGCCAUGCGUUCUCUUGGUUACAUGCCAAAUGAAGUGGAGCUGGAGGUGAUCAUUCAGAGACUGGACAUGAAUGGUGACGGUCAAGUUGACUUUGAAGAGUUUGUAGCACUUCUCGGACCAAAAUUGUCUUCAGCUGGUAUGCCUGACAGAUUCCGUGGAGCCGAGUUUGACUCCAUAUUCUGGAAGUGUGACAUGCAAAAGCUGACUGUUGAUGAGCUGAAAAGACUCCUGUAUGACACCUUCUGUGACCAUUUGACUAUGAAAGACAUCGAGAACAUCAUCAUGACUGAGGAGAGUCACUUGAACAGCCCCGAGUGCCAAGUAGAUAUUGACACAAGUCCCAUGCAACAAGUCAAGCACACCUGUGUGCGCAAGAGCUUGAUUUGUGCCUUCGCCAUUGCAUUCAUCAUCAGCGUCAUGCUCAUCGCAGCCAAUCAGAUGCUUCGAAGAGGAAUGAAAUGAACAGUUCUGUUUCUAAGACAAUAACUGACUGACAAAAGGAAACAAGGUAAACAUGCAAAAAAGUCUACUAAUUUCACUAGUUUCUAAUGACCACAGUUUUACAGAAACACCAAAGGCUGCAUUUUCAUUCAAAUAUAAACUCAAGGUAAAGACAGACUGUUGUUAGACAGACAAAAUAAAUAUUUAGCCCAAAACAACAGUUUAAAAGUGUUAUUAUCAUUAUGAUAUAUUAAUGAUCAUUGUCCUAUAAAAUAUUAAAUUUUUUCUUUGGCUUAUGUUUCAGAGUAGACAUCUAUUAUAAUGUAGCACAUCAUACUUAAAAGUAUUGUAUUGUAUAGUUGUAAUUCAUUUUAUAUCGAUAUCGUGUCAGGGUCUUAUAUAACAUUACACAAUGACAUUUACAAAACUACGCCAACAUGUGACCGGGUCAUAUACCCUACACAAUUUUAGAUCUAGUAGAACCUAGAUUUAUUUUACCAACAUGAUGUCAAACAUCACCGGAUUGAUCUGUGGGGAUACAAUGGAUACAGAAUAUAAAGAGGAAAUUAAUUCCUCCAAACUAUCUAUGAGUAGUUAGGCUUAGAGCAAUUUAAAAAGAAAAUGAAUGUACUAGAAAUCUACCAGUAAUAAACUGUGAUGGAAAAUAGAGUUUAAAAUUGGUGACAAUCCAAAGUGUUACUGAAUCUAACCUGUGCAAUUGUCUUUUGUUAACUUGCAAAAACAGUAUUUCUUCCAGUCUUGACUCUCAGGAUUGUUUGUCGACAGGUCUUUUAUUAAAUUGUCAGCUGGCUGUGUGAGAAAAAAUGUUGUGAAAAAAAGACUGAAUAUUAAAGGCUAUUCGUAUAGUGUGCCACGUGAGACUAAAUGUUUUUGUCGAUAUCUUGCAAUAUAACUGUUCUGAGUGUUAAUACAUAUUUGCAUGACGUGUUUCCUAGCAUUUUGAUAACAUCAAUGUUGUCAGUGAAUAAUCAGUCUGUAUCAAUUUUUUUCUUCGAGAACUUGUGGAUUUCAUUGUUCUGGGGUGUUGUGAUCUGUAUAAUGGUCCAUUUAAAAUUUUUAAGUCAUCAGGACAUUAACGUUCUCUCAAUGUAACUGAAUUUGUGUCCACAUUAUCUUGGGCAACGUGAAAAUUACAGGUUAAGUUUAAUCUUGCUUUUAAAGCAACUGUAUGUUUUUUUUUAACACCUUGAAAUAUAAGUUACAAAAUAAUUCGACCGAAUGGCCUGUUUGGUUCAAACUCUCCUCUCAAAUAUCUGUUUUGUUGUGGGAGGGUGUGCGGCUACGAAUUUCUGCGAAAAGGGCGGAUUGCUUUUCAGCAGUAUGCACGUGUACUGCUUCCCAGGGUAAUUACAGCAGUCAAUUCCACUCACUUAAGUGCAGGAGGAUCCAAAAUUGCAAAAAUGCACAAAACUACAUACAGUUGCUUUAAGUUUAUGCAUUCAUAACUUAACUCAAAGAGAAUGAACCAAUGCAAGUUAUUGAAAAGUAUUAUUUUAAGUUAACUUAAUAGCUUUAAGUUUGGUGCGAAUUAAUGGUAACAAGCAAUAUUUGGCUUAUGCAUACUCUAAAAUAAAUGUAUGCAUCCAGUAUCUAUCUGUAAUUUAUGCAUUUGUCAAUAAUCUCAGUGCCUAAACAGUAAAUUGGAUGGUGUUGUUCUGUGUGUCUUAGGUUUGAAGUCCAAAGUGUAUAUUUUUGUGCACUUUCUCAGUAUUUAAUUCGCCUUUGUGCUAUAUCACAGAUGACACUUAACUGAUACAUACAAGUUGUUAAUUAAAAUUUCUUUGACGUAAUUUGGAAAAACAAUAAUGUAAGUUAAGUCUGUUAUGACUGAUUAUUUAAAUGAAUCUGCAGCCGCAUAUGAUUGUAAUGAUAGUGUUGCAUUGGUUUUGUGAGGCUAGAGUGCAACAUAUCAAUAUACAACUUUAAAACUUUUUUCAGAGUAAUAUUAUAACUAUUAUACAUUACACAAAAUCUGAAAUCAAAUUCAGCAAACCCAUACAUUCUGACUUCAGAGUUUAUGAAGGUAAUGCUGACAUGACAAGACAACCUUUGCGCAAAAUAUUUAAGCAAUGAUGAAACCCUGUUUCUUUGCAGUUGCAUGUAUUUGUAAUUUUCUGACAUGUUGUAUUCUGUGGUGUCAGCCUCUGUUGUUAAAAUAUGCAAUCUAUGCUUAUUUGAUGACAUUUUACUGUGAUUUAAAAGUUACGAUUUAUAUAUAUCUACACUUAUAAAAAUUGAGAUAUACUGAUUUCAGGACAUUAGAAACAUAUCACGCUCUCAAUUUCCAAAGCUCAAACAUGUGAUCUGCUGUGCAAAUUGUUUUUACACACUAAUAGGGGUAUUAUUAUUUAAUACUACAAUAUUUUUUUGGUUUCGGUCAGAGUAAUAAAUGGUUAAAAGUCCUAAGAUUAUAUGAAAAAUAGUAUUAUUUUUGUAUUUUUUCAAAUUUCUUUAUAUGAAUUCAUCUUAUUCCACAUGGAAAUACUAUGGCACGUUUACUUAAAUUACAUCUAUUACACCCAACUACAUAAUGGCUGAUACACGUUGGCAGUUACAAAUUAGCUCACUUGAUUAUAUUAAUGUAGUGAUGUAACAGUAAUAUAUCCAACUGAUGUACGUAAUGUCAUAUUGCAUCAAUGUAGCCCUAGAAAACAACCUUGAAUCUAUGAUGUGCCAACAUGUGCUGAUGUUACAUUUAAUUGUACCAUGUGAAGAAAUGAAUUAAAACAGUGGUGCUUCUUCUUUGGUCUUUCACACUGUCAUUUUGUUUGCAUCACACUUGUAUGCAACACUAGUAUGCAACACUUUUAAAAAAAGGAAGCUGGUUAUUUGGUCAUAUUUCCACAUGAGUAUGCAUAUAUGCUUCAGUGGAAUGGGUCUGCUAACUUUUUUUAUUUUUUCCAUGAGCUUUAUAUACUGUUGCUAGCAUUAAGUAAAUAAUAUCAACUAGAUCAACAAAUAGUAUCUAGCAGCGAAACUGUUUUAGACAACUAAUACUAUCUUUUCUCUAAUGCCUAUCCAAAAAGACCUUUUAUCACCAGGCUUUUAAAAGUAAUGCAUCCCAAUCAAGUGUAACAUUCAUCAGGGCUGACAAGAGGAAUUCACCAAGGCCAUGCAAGCUAGCAGUACAAAACGUCCCUGCAACAAGCAAUCAGGACUAAAUUGAAAACGCUUCCCUCAUCUGAAUUUCAAUCUAAACCACUGACACAGAAGGCAGACAAAAAC